AUGAAUAUGAGAAUUCUACUUUUGGGUGCCACGAUUUUGGUGGGAUUUGUAGCGACUUCGAGUUUGUUGGUGAGUCAGUGGUGUAAAUGCGGAGUGUUGUUUGAGCGUCCAGAAUCCAGGGUGUAAAGGCGGAGCAUCGUUGAAUACAUAUUUUUCAGGAAGAUUCCAUCAGGAGUUUGAUCGAUGACGUCAGCUCUGAGAGCUCGAGAAGAAUUGCUCCAAGGUCAAUUUCCCUUCACAUAAAAAAUUUUUUUUUUCUAAUUUUUUAAAAUUUUUCCAGAAGAAAUCUUCGUUAUUCAAUUCCACGUGAAAUCCGCCCGGAAUUUCCAAGGUACAGUAAUUUUUUUUUUUUUUUUUUUUUUUUUUUGAAAAAUUUUUUUUCAGACGCCAUCUCUCAUCUUCACAAUCAGAUUCAUCUUCAAGGUUCAAUUUUUUUUCAGAUUUGAUUUUCAGACAAAUUUUUUGAUUUUUUUUUAGAAAUUACGUUCUCGAUUCUUUGAACGCUGUGUCGUCUUUGUUGUAAGUUUGUUUAAGAAUUUUCAGAUUCAUAAUUUUAUUCUGGAAAUUUUUGCAGUGAUUCUGUGAAGGAUUCUGGAAAUAGUGGAAGAAGGUUUGGGAUUUUCAGAUAAUUUUGAAGAGUUUCAGAUGAGAUUUUCAGGGAUUUUGGAGAUUUUUUACCAACUAGAAGACUUGGAGGAAGAGGAUUUGAAAGGUAAAGUUAAUUUCGCGAAAAUUCUGAAAAUUUUGAGUUUGAGAAAAAAUUCACUGUUUCAAAAAUGUUCAUUAAAUUUUCUUAUUUUCGUAUAUUUCGAAAUGCUUAUUGAAAAAUUUAAACAUUUUUAAUGACUUUUGGAAAAUUAUGUUUUUGAAAAAAAAAUUCACUGUUUCAAAGUUAUAAGAAAAAUUCAGCAAAAUUUUGAAAUUUCAAUUAAUAGCAUUUUCGAGAUGAAAAAUUCACUGUUUCAAAAAAAAUAAUUGCUCAUAGUUCGGGACCUAACUCAAAAAUCCAAUAUAAAAUUUUCCAGAAGAAAUCUUCGCCACUCAAUUCCACGUGGCAUCCGCCCACAAGUUCCAAGGUAAAAUUAUAUUUUUUUUUUGUAGCUGAAAAAAAAAAUUUUCAAUUUUCAGAAGAAAUCUCUUCUCUCCUCAAGAACCAAGAAAUGAUUUCGAAAUAGAAUUUCCAAGGUAACCCUAGAAAAACCAAAAAAAAAACGAGAGAAAAAAUUCACUGUUUCAAAAAAAUCACUUCAGAAAUUCUCAGAAAAUUUUCACAGUUCCAGAGACAAAAAAAAUAUUCUCAAAAAAUUUUCGGAAAAUUUCACUGUUUCAAAAUUUUUAGAAAAUUUUUAUUUGUUUUUUUUCUGCAGUUUUUCUGCAGUAAAGCUGGAAAAGCUGGAAAAUACUGAAAAUGUGAUCUAGAAAUUUUUCAUUAAAAAAAUAACCUUUAAAAAAUUCACUGUUUCAAAAUUUAUAUAAUUUUUUCUCAAUAAAUUUUAUAGUGUUCACAUCUCAGCAAUUUUUUUUUAAAAAAAAAUUCACUGUUUCAAAAAAAUUCCAAAAAUUUCCAGAAGAAAUCUUCAAAACUCAAUAAUGCCACGUGGACUCGGCUCACAAGUUCCAAGGUAACCCCAGAAAAAACUCUCAAAAAUUUUUCUGAAAUUUUUUUUUGCAGCUCGAGAUUCUCUGGAUUCUUCUAA